AUGGCAAUUCCGAACAACAGCAAUGCCAGCCGUUUCUUCUUUUUUUUGAUGGAUUUCCCAGGACUGGAGACUGCUCAUUGCUGGACAGUGAUUCCUGUCUGCUUCAUCUACAUUCUCUCUUUGCUGGGCAACAUCACCAUACUGUACAUUGUCAAGACUGUGCCCAGCCUCCACACCCCCAUGUACCUCUUCCUCUCCAUGCUCUCAAUGGCUGACCUGGGCCUCGCAGCUUCUACACUGCCUUCCAUGGCAGCCGUCUUUCUCCUGAGCCAAAGGAAGGUGGGAGCUGCAGUCUGUUUUACACAACUCUUCUUCAUCCACACAUUCUCAGUAACUGAAUCAGCUGUGCUGUUGGCCAUGGCUUUUGACCGCUGUGUGGCUAUCCGAGAGCCCUUACGCUAUGCCACCAUCCUCACCACCAAGUGCAUCAGGGCCAUUGGGCUGGCCAGUGUGAUCCGUAGUGCUGCCCUUCAUCUGCCGCUGCCCGUCCUCCUUGGAAGACUGCGGUUCCAGCCUGUGAAUGCUCUGUCUCACUCUUAUUGUGUUCACCCUGAUGUUCUAAGGCUGGCCAGUUCCAGCACUCUUGUCAACAGUGGCCUUGGGCUCUUUGUCAUGCUCUCCACAUUGGGGGUGGAUGCUGUCCUCAUUCUCCUUUCCUAUAUGCUAAUUUUGAAGGCAGUAUUGAGCAUUGUUUCCAAUGCUGGGAGGCUGAAAGCCUUCAAUACUUGCAUUUCUCAUAUUUGUGCUGUACUAUUAUUUUAUACCCCAGUGGUCAGCCUGUCUAUGAUCCAUCGCUUUGGGAAAAAGAAGCUUCCAGCUCAGAUAUACAUGCUUCUCUCCUAUCUGCAUUUUCUUGUACCUCCAAUGCUCAACCCAAUUGUCUACAGUGUCAAAACCAAAGAGAUUCGAGUAUGCGUUCUGAAGAUGCUCCACCCCAGAAAGUGCUGA